AUGGUCAACCCCCUGGACACGGAUGCAGGCUCGGAGAUGUUCGCCAGCUACGAGAGUGAACUCAAGCUCAUCCAAGCCGAUCUGAACCAGAAGCUGGACCAGAUCUCCGAAGCCAGCGGUGAGCAGCGCAAAUCCGCAAUCCGCUCGGCAGAGCUAGUCCUUGAUGAGGCAAUAGAAAUGCUGGACCAAAUGCGCCUGGAAAAGCAAAAUAUUCCCUCCGAAGCCCGCUCGAAGAUCAACAUCCGCUUCCGCAACUACUCCACAGACGUCGACGAGAUCAAACGCAAGCUUAGGUCCCUUUCAGAUGAUCGCAAAGCCCUCUUUGGUGACCGGUACACCGAUGAGCCCCAAGAUGAACAUCUAGAACAACGUCAACAGCUCUUGUCUGGUACAGAGCGGUUGGAGCGCAGCUCGGCGCGGCUACAGCAGAGUCAGCGGACAGCGUUGGAGACGGAGGAUGUGGGGCGUGACGUGCUGGCUAAUCUGUACGAGCAGCGGCAGACGAUCCAGCAUACCAGAGACAACCUGCAACAGAGUGAGGGCUAUGUUGAUACCAGCAUCAAGACUUUGAGGGGUAUGGCUCGUAGGAUGGCUACGAAUCGGAUAAUUACGAUCGCUAUCAUUACGCUGCUUGUUCUUUUGAUUAUUGCCGUUAUUUACGGGAAAUUCCAUUAG